AUGCCUUCAUGACGAUGAAUGUAAUAUGGAGUGCAACUGUAAGAACGCUUCAGACUGUUUGGAGAUCCCCAGGAAGUGUCCGUCUGGUUGUGCCAUGGGAUACACCGAAAAAAACUAUGGCUGUGAAAAAAAUGAAGUAACGCCUGCAUCGACUCUGGAUCACGAAAGGUCAACAACUGCUGCAACUACAUCACCUCCAGUGGAACCGACCAACGCAUGCAGUGGCGGCUAUUACAAGGACGGGCAAUCCUGUACACCGUGUGGAGCUGGGUGCAGGUCAACGUGUAACACGGCAAACGGUCACUGUUCAUGUAAAGCUGGCUGGACGGGAUAUGGCUGCAACACAUGCAGUGGCGGCUAUUACAAGGACGGGCAAUCCUGUACACCGUGUGGAGCUGGGUGUAGGUCAACGUGUAACACGGCAAACGGUCACUGUUCAUGUAAAGCUGGCUGGACGGGAUAUGGCUGCAACACAUGCAGUGGCGGCUAUUACAAGGACGGGCAAUCCUGUACACCGUGUGGAGCUGGGUGCAGGUCAACGUGUAACACGGCAAACGGUCACUGUUCAUGUAAAGCUGGCUGGACGGGAUAUGGCUGCAACACAUGCAGUGGCGGCUAUUACAAGGACGGGCAAUCCUGUACACCGUGUGGAGCUGGGUGUAGGUCAACGUGUAACACGGCAAACGGUCACUGUUCAUGUAAAGCUGGCUGGACGGGAUAUGGCUGCAACACAUGCAGUGGCGGCUAUUACAAGGACGGGCAAUCCUGUACACCGUGUGGAGCUGGGUGUAGGUCAACGUGUAACACGGCAAACGGUCACUGUUCAUGUAAAGCUCGCUGGACGGGAAAUGGCUGCAACACAUGCAGUGGCGGCUAUUACAAGGACGGGCAAUCCUGUACACCGUGUGGAGCUGGGUGUAGGUCAACGUGUAACACGGCAAACGGUCACUGUUCAUGUAAAGCUCGCUGGACGGGAAAUGGCUGCAACACAUGCAGUGGCGGCUAUUACAAGGACGGGCAAUCCUGUACACCGUGUGGAGCUGGGUGUAGGUCAACGUGUAACACGGCAAACGGUCACUGUUCAUGUAAAGCUCGCUGGACGGAAAAUGGCUGCAACACAUGCAGUGGCGGCUAUUACAAGGACGGGCAAUCCUGUACACCGUGUGGAGCUGGGUGUAGGUCAACGUGUAACACGGCAAACGGUCACUGUUCAUGUAAAGCUGGCUGGACGGGAAAUGGCUGCAACACAUGCAGUGGCGGCUAUUACAAGGACGGGCAAUCCUGUACACCGUGUGGAGCUGGGUGUAGGUCAACGUGUAACACGGCAAACGGUCACUGUUCAUGUAAAGCUCGCUGGACGGGAUAUGGCUGCAACACAUGCAGUGGCGGCUAUUACAAGGACGGGCAAUCCUGUACACCGUGUGGAGCUGGGUGUAGGUCAACGUGUAACACGGCAAACGGUCACUGUUCAUGUAAAGCUGGCUGGACGGGAAAUGGCUGCAACACAUGCAGUGGCGGCUAUUACAAGGACGGGCAAUCCUGUACACCGUGUGGAGCUGGGUGUAGGUCAACGUGUAACACGGCAAACGGUCACUGUUCAUGUAAAGCUGGCUGGACGGAAAAUGGCUGCAACACAUGCAGUGGCGGCUAUUACAAGGACGGGCAAUCCUGUACACCGUGUGGAGCUGGGUGUAGGUCAACGUGUAACACGGCAAACGGUCACUGUUCAUGUAAAGCUGGCUGGACGGGAAAUGGCUGCAACACAUGCAGUGGCGGCUAUUACAAGGACGGGCAAUCCUGUACACCGUGUGGAGCUGGGUGUAGGUCAACGUGUAACACGGCAAACGGUCACUGUUCAUGUAAAGCUGGCUGGACGGGAUAUGGCUGCAACACAUGCAGUGGCGGCUAUUACAAGGACGGGCAAUCCUGUACACCGUGUGGAGCUGGGUGUAGGUCAACGUGUAACACGGCAAACGGUCACUGUUCAUGUAAAGCUGGCUGGACGGGAAAUGGCUGCAACACAUGCAGUGGCGGCUAUUACAAGGACGGGCAAUCCUGUACACCGUGUGGAGCUGGGUGUAGGUCAACGUGUAACACGGCAAACGGUCACUGUUCAUGUAAAGCUGGCUGGACGGAAAAUGGCUGCAACACAUGCAGUGGCGGCUAUUACAGGGACGGGCAAUCCUGUACAUCAUGUGGAGCUGGGUGUAGGUCAACGUGUAACACGGCAAACGGUCACUGUUCAUGUAAAGCUGGCUGGACGGGAUAUGGCUGCAACAUCUGUUCCCCUUGGACAUACGGAAUUAACUGUGUGCUGAAGUGCUCAAGAGGAUGUGUCAACCAGACUUGUGACAGAACCACUGGACGUUGUGACAUGUGUCUGGAUGGAUGGGAACACAAGGACCAGAACAUAUCAAGAUGCGACAAAGAAUGUGAUGAUGGAAGGUACGGUGAACAGUGUAACGAUGAAUGUAGCAUCCACUGUGCCAAUGCCACGUGUCAUCAUGUCAAUGGUUCCUGUACUCAAGGCUGUCUUGACGGAAGAAGUGGCGAAUAUUGUGAAGUUUCUGAAGCCGAACACCAGGGUGUAAACCUCAUCGUUGGACUUGUUCUCUUACUAAUUGCUGUUAUAGCAGUUGUAAUAUGUGCUGUUGUCUACUUUCGAGAGCCGUUGAGAAGAUUAAGAGGAAAAAAGACUGGGGAAGACAUGACUAACGGUUUGAGCUUCCCUAUGGCAGCCCGGGAAGGCCAGGGUGCAUCGGAAAACGGAGCCGUCAACGACGAUGACGAGGCUAUCUAUAUCAAUGUUCCCAGAAGUGUUCCAGUGGCAGUCAGUGACCUCAAGGACUUCGUUGCAAAGAAGAAAGCCACAAAAGAAAUCUUGGUGAAAGAGUAUGCUGAGCUCCCCAAAGGUCUGACAGCAAUUCACGACAAAGCACUGACGCAAGUGAACAGUCCAAAGAAUCGAUUUAAAGGCAUUUACCCGUACAACCACUCUCUGGUCGUGCUGAAAGGCCCGAGUGGAAGCAGUGGCUACAUAAACGCCAGCUUCAUUGAUGGACCAACAAGGGGAAAAAAGUACAUUGCAACACAGGGGCCCCUGCCUCACACCGUCGUGGACUUCUGGGAGAUGAUCUGGCAACAGAACGUGCCUGUCAUCGUCAUGCUGGCCAAUAUCAUUGAAGAUGGAAGGAGACGGUGUGAGCCGUACUGGCCCAAUGAACCAGGCGAGGAUUCCAAGACGUUCGGCCCCUGGAAGAUCACAGUAGCUGACUCCUGUCCCCUUGCUGACUUAACCAUCAGGACGCUUAAAAUGAGGAAGGGAGCGGUGGAGAAGACCGUGAAACAUGUUCACUACAUGGUGUGGCCUGACAAGGAUGUGCCAGACAACACCAUGUCUCUGGUGGACCUCAGGAACAAAGUCAGGACCUUCUGUGACUUUGCGGAAGGUCCCAUGGUGGUACACUGCAGUGCUGGCGUAGGCAGGACAGGAACUUUGAUUGCUCUGGACUCUCUGAUACAAGACGCAGAGACCCGCAGCAAGGUGGACAUAUACGGCUGUGUCUGGCGGCUGAGGAACUUCAGAGUCAGCAUGGUGCAGACACAGUCCCAGUAUGUGUUCCUGCACGACUGCAUCCUGGACGCUCUGUGUCAUACAGUGCACCCCACACCCGCCAGUUUCUAUGACAACGCUUAUAAACAGCUAAAGGGAGGCUCUGGCAUUGCUGUUGCCUAUCAGAAACUCAGCGAGUGUCCUGUGACAGAUCAUCUGAGUGACGCUGCCAGAGACCUGGAGAACAUCAACAAAAACAGGAGCGAGGAGAUUCUUCCUGGAGACAAACAUCGCGCUAUUCUCUCAACCCAUAUUGCAGGAGGCACUGACUACAUCAACGCCGUCAUCGCACCGUCGUAUGAGAAGCGGGAGGCUUUUAUCCUCACUCAAAUCCCCCUGACGUCGACGGUGGUUGACUUCUGGCGUCUGGUCCACGACUACGACAUCCGUGGCAUUGUCCUGCUGGAGAACUACACCGACUUGGACGCAAAGUGUGGCGUGUUCUGGGCCAAGGACAACAAGCCGGCCAAGUUUGGCCCCUUCAGCGUAGGUGAAGGCAAGACUGAGAAACAGACCGGCUUUACCAUGGAGAAGAUCUCCUACAGUCUGGGGACCGAAGAAAAAGACGUAACCGUGUUCCGGUCUUCCGCCUGGCCUCAGAAGAGUUCACUUCCGGAAUCCCCAUCUAGCCUCCUGAGCUUAAUCGACUUUCUCAGACAGUGGAACACCGGGACAUCACCCCUCCUAGUUGUCUGCAGCGACGGUGCCACCCGAAGCGGUCUGUUCUGUGUAGUGGCCAGUGCAGUGCAGCGACUGCUGUUAGAGAAAGAAGUUGCCCUCCAGCAGACGAUACGCAGCAUACGUUUUGUCAGAAAACAGGUUAUUCCUAACCAGGAACAAUUUGAAUUCUGCUUUGACUCUGUGAAGGUCUACAUGGACAGGUUCCAGGAAUAUUCAAACUUUGCUUGAGAAGAAUGUUUUAUUGAGUUCAGUUAACUUUACCUUUGUGUUUUUCUUUUUUACGUUGUUAUAAUUCCACUAUGUUAUUCUUGGUUUUUUUCAUUUAUUGAAAAUAUGAAUACAAUUUUUGUGUUAUUUCAAAUGAUUUCAAGUCCACUCUGUGAGAAUUGUUUACGUGAAAUAAUCUGAAUACUAUCUCAGAAGCAUUAAAGAUACAUACAUGUAACUGACAUAUUUAUUUUCAGAUUGGUCUCGUCAAUGUGAAUAUUUUUGUGAGAGUACGUUUGGUUUGUUCUUAAAUAUUAUUGUCCAAGACUAUUGUCUUGGUUACCACAUAGUGCGACGUAGAUUAAGCUUAGAUAAAAUCAAGAUAUGUUUACAAAAAGGUAUGACGAUAUAUAUUUUCCUGAAUGCCUCGUAUUGUCAGGCUGAUAUCAACUUGUCAGUAUUUUCAGUUACUUUGAUUAUUUGUUUUUGAUUCAUUUUAUAUAAAUUACUGUUUCAUUUUUGUUUAAUAGCUUUCCUCCUUGGAUUAUAAUUUUACGUGCAAACGCGGGAUAUCCUCGUAACAGUUUGAUUGGUCUGGAAGGUUUGCGUUUCCUUAAUGCUGCUUUCAGGUAGAUUUUUCCCGUUUAUUGUUCCUGGUUUAGGGACAGUGUAUCCAUGUUUUUGUUCCUGCUUAAAUGUAUAUGUAAAUUUAGAUUUUUCACUUGCAUGUCGGCUGUUGUUUAGAGUCCACUUUAGGCGUAUAUAUCGAUGAGCACAGUCAUCUGGAAAGUGUGAGAUAAAUUAAAGCCCAUUUAUGACUAUUUUUAAACGAUCCAUUAUUUUCCAUAAAUGGAUAGUUGGGGGUAUAUAAUGUACACUUGGAAUUAACUGAACUAUUUCGUAUUUUGACAAUGAAGUGAAUGAUUCCAAUCUUUGUCCGAAAGCUCGUGUCGCCAGCGGGUUCGAACCUGCAUCCUAUAAUUUGAGGACGUGUAAUAGUCAACCUCGGCUACGGCGAUACAUGACAGAACGUUGUUAAAAUAACUAUUACAUAUUUUUAUUUUGUAUAAAAUGUAAAGGCUUAAUGAAUAAUAUGUACAAUGUUGUGUUAUGUAAUGUUACCUAUAACAAUGUUCAUACUGAAGUUUAGACAAUCCUUUGAUUAAAAAAAAACAACUUCUAAAAACCAGAAGCUUUUGUGUGCUCUACAUUUCCUAUUGCCCUUAUCAACAUGUACUAAAAACGUACAACCGAUGGAUAAAAAACUUGCUUAGGUCCCCGUGAAAUGGCUAAGCGCCUUGUACCAUGUAUUGCAAAAGUUCAACACGCGGUGGAGCCUGGCGCAAGUAGGGAUGUAAUGAAAGUCUGAGAAAGUAGGGAUGUGUUUUAAGCCCCAGAACAAACAAGUAACAGUUAACAGUUACUUGAACAAAUACAAUUGAAACAGAAAAUUAAACUUAAGAGGUAUGAUCAGUAGGGUUUUGCAGUGAUUCCGUUUUAACUGUGUUGUUCAACUUGUUUUUCAUUUAUUGUAUUUGUUUAUGUUGUAAUAUAAUCAAAAUACUUCAUUUUAAUAUUCUCCUGAUUAAAUAUCCUAUUAAUACUUUAAUGCCGCUGUCGGUCUGGAAACGCGACUCACACAAUCUCAUACAGUCGCCUCAGAAAUACCAUGUUUGAUUCUAAUUCAACAGAAUUAUAUGUGCGGAACACAAAGUUAUGAAAAUACACAAAAUAAAUGAAAGAUCAACAUUAGAAAUUGUUUAGCAUUGUUCAUUAACAUGUUUUUAUGUAUGCGAACUAGACACUCACCAGCGUGAACAAGCUUGUAGCAUGGACGUUGACAUUAAACAGUCAAUAGGACAGAACGUUCGUGAAUGUCCCGACCUGUUCAGGUGAUUAGAGGGAAAGGUUAACGACACAAGCGAGGUCUAGAUGUCAGCACAACAUCUGACAUGUAUUUUCAGUUAUAUUGCAUGUGUUGUUUCAGAAUAUUCUAUAUUUUUUAUUAUUUUUGUUAUUUUUAUUCUUAUUAUUUGAAAACUUAUAUUUUUUCUAUUUCUAAUAAAUAAAAGCAUCCUAAUUAUGA